UACGCAUGGCUGCGGCUUCUUCUUCAAGGUUGAUUUGAGUUGUAGAACAGAAAGUACACCACCAUUAAUACCUCAUCCACCUUAGCUUGUUGAUUUUGCAAAAGCUUAUUAUAUUUUAGAUCCUUGUACUGGGGUUCUGGUUGCUUUUCUUCUCCCAGAAUUCUCAGUUCAAUUUGCUGAAAAAAAAAAAUGGAGGAAAAUCUCCCUCCUGGGUUCAGAUUCCAUCCAACCGAUGAAGAGCUCAUUUCUUAUUAUCUAACCAGAAAAGUUUCUGAUUUUAGUUUCACCUCGAAAGCAAUUGUAGAUGUUGAUCUCAACAAAUGUGAACCUUGGGACCUUCCAGGCAAGGCUUCAUUAGGGGAGAAAGAAUGGUAUUUCUUCAACAUGAGAGACCGAAAAUACCCGACUGGGCUUCGAACAAAUCGAGCCACUGAAGCUGGCUACUGGAAAACCACAGGGAAAGACAAAGAGAUAUUUCGGGAAGGCGUUCUUGUUGGGAUGAAGAAAACCCUAGUUUUUUACAAGGGUCGAGCUCCCAAGGGCCAGAAAAGCAACUGGGUUAUGCAUGAAUACAGGCUAGAAAACAAGCAUCCUUUCAAAUCUGCUAAGGAGGAAUGGGUAGUUUGUAGGGUCUUCCAAAAGAGUAAUUCAUCAGCUGUGAAGAAACCCCAGCAAGCACGAUCCUCACAGCCAUCUCUGGGCUCUCCAUGUGACACAAACUCGAUGGCAAACGAGUUUGGAGACAUUGAUCAGCUACCAAAUCUUAACACCAUGGAAAAUCUAUCGAGCGGCUUCAAUAACAAUAUCCCAACACAAAGUUACAGCCCUGACAGUAAUUUAAACAUGAACAUGAAUUGGGCUGCGGCAAGGGAGGCCGCCGCAACUCUUCCAUCACUGGGGGCGUGGCCUUCGAGCUUCCCGAGCCCCAACUUUGCCAUGAAUUCCUUGCUUUUGAAGGCAUUGCAAGUGAGGAAUACUUAUAAAAAUCAGCCUCUGCCACAAGGGAUUUCUAGGUUUGAAUGUGAUAAUUUAAGUUCGAAUUUUCAAGCUUCUUCCUCUUCUAAGGUAUUAGAUAAUUCUCAGCAGCCGGAGCAACCGUUUAAUCUGGACUCCAUUUGGUGAAAACGAGAGGGCUACGAAUUGAACUAACAUGUUGUCUUCCCUGGUCAAUCUUCUUCAGGGAUUACAGUAAUUCAGCAUCAUUCGGGCUGAAUAUUCAUACGAUAUUUUGUUAUGUGAUUGAGUAUUAUUUUAUCAUUAAUUCAAAAUCACUCAAUCAUAUAAUGUUAUAUUAUAAUAUCUAAUUAGUUACUCAAAACUAGCUGUGUAUAAUUUCUUUGUUAUUUUUAUACCUAGCUGUUUAAUUAUGUUUGAUCAACUGUUCAAGAUAUGUUUGGUUUAUUGUUAAUUAUAUAUAUGUUCAUGCUCAUUGUUAAUGAAGAUCUCAACAAACGAAAAACCUUGUUGGGUAUCUCAGUUUUUUAUUUCAA